UAAAUGAUAACUGGCUUCUUAUGAGUAGUAUGAGCACAUUUAAAAUGAUGAAUGUAGCAACAAAGAAAAGUCAACUUGGACUUUUGGGUGAUUCGUUGCGUGUUUGAGAGUUAGGCAUUUUUUUUGCUUUUGUUAGUCAAUUAUCCUUACUAAUGGUCUCUAGGGAAAAUGUUCUGUGGCAAAUCAAGUACAUUUAGCCCGUUUCAUUGCUCUCAAAGACUCCCCGCUGUGAUGCAUAAAAAGCUACAAGAAGAGUUUAAUUACUCGACAUUGAUCUCUCGAGAGUCAGAUGCCUUUGAUCCCUCACUUGGAUCACAAACCCAACAUGGAUCAGUGGACUUUGGAUCCUGUUCGGUAUCUAGAUCUUCGACAUUACUAAGACAUCACUUGUUCACCGGCCAAUCUACCAAUUGGCCAUCCAAGGCUGCACAAUGUCCUAUCAUUGUCGUCUGAUCUCUCCUCCUUUUUCCUCGCCAACCUCUCUGGCCAUUCUGGCUCUCAAAAUAUUCCUUAUGGCAAACCUUAUGCCAGCCCAAGCUGGACUCAUGUCGUCCAAUUCUCCUUUCCGUUUCCGAUUUAAUGGUGACUCGUUGGGAGGGUUGUCUCCAUUUAAACGGGACAACGCGCCCCGAGGAGACGCCGAUGCCUUGGAAUUACAAAAAGCUGUCUAUAACCCGUCCUCACAAAUGUUAAAACGAGAUUAUGAGACCUUGCAAUGCAGAGGAAUGUAUGAUUUGAGUAUUUUCACCAAGCUGAACCGAAUCUGUGAGGAUUGCUUCAACUUGUACCAUGAUGCCGAGAUCCAUGAGCUUUGUCGGUCCGAGUGCUUCAGUUCGUUCGCAUUUCGAACGUGCCUUCAAUCACUUCUAAUGGAAGAGGAAUCCGAUUUUUACCUCGAACUCGUCGACAUUGUGGGCAAAAAGAGAUAAUGAUGGGAUCAGACAGAACCUUCAAUUUGAUUUGUACUCCUCUGUCAGAUAGGUAAAUCAUCAGGUGAUUUUUUGAAAUGUAUGUUCCUAGAAAAACCUAGUUAGGUAACGAGGCUCCCUUCAGUUCCCACGUGGACCAACUGACCUUUGUUGAUCUUUUCAUUGUUUCUCUUUCUCUUACGCUCCUCCAAACAAUUCUUGAAUUUAAAAUCAAUGGCGCUGCUGAAGUUCUUGAAUGAAAGAGCAUUCAUGAUUCUGGGAAUGACCAUUUAAAAUGGCACCACGUGUUCGCAAUCUCAGUUUGGCCGUUACUGGCAGGAUGGUUUGGUCAAUUUUGUUUCCAGUGUAACCGAGGUUUCUCUACCUCAAGAACAUUCAUAAUGUAUAAACUGUCCGCCUUUCAAUAAGUUCCUUAAUCGAUAAUGCUGAAGAUAUGUUACAUUGAAAUACAUUUGUCUCUAUGAGAUCCAAGUUGU